AUUACGGUCAUUAAAUAAAGAAUAAAACAAGAAUUGUUAGAAAGGUUAAAACUUUGUCCGGUACUGUGAGUGUGUGUGUGUGUGGUUAAAAUGUCGACGGGUACUGUAUGUUGGGGGGUGUGUGUGUGUGUGUGUGUGAGAGAGAGAGAGAGAGAGAGAGAUGCUAUUUGGGGAAUUACGGUCAUUAAAUAAAGAAUAAAACAAGAAUUGUUACAAAAGGUUAAAACUUUGUCAGGUACUGUGUGUGUGUGUGUGUAUGUGUGGUUAAAAUGUCGACGGGUACUGUAUGUUUGUGUUGGUGUGUGUGUGUGUGUGUGUGUGUGUGUGUGUGUGUGUGUGUGUGAGUGAGAGUGAGAGAGAGAGAGAGAGAGAGAGAGAAAGAUUAAUAGAGCUGCUAUUUGGGGAAUUACGGUCAUUACCUGCGUGACGUCACUCAUCUAACCGCAGCAUAGCGACCGAGCUUGGUCGGAUACUGAAGGAGAACCGCAACCGCUUCAAAGCCGGAGGAACAACAAUUAUAAUAAAAAAACACCAAACAUUGGACAAAAUACGCAACUUUUUUUCUGGGGAGGAUUAAUUUAUCAAACCUGGUGGAUUUUUUUCAAAACAGACCUGGAAUAUACUCGCUAGUUAACUGUUUUCGAGCUACACGGCUAACUAGGCUAGCUAGCUAAACAUGGAGGGUAGAAAUUGAACCAAAAAACCCCCACCAAACCUCGCAAAUAUGAAGAUCCUAAAGAAGGUUUUUUUAAUGCACGCGCGGCCUAAAUUCUGUAUUAACAUCCAUCUAAAAAUAUUUUAAUUCGUAAUUUUCGGUUAUUGUUUAGUUUCGUGUAGUUUCCAUGGACGGUAUAAUGUUACUUUGUAAGUUGUAUAGCUAACCAGCUAAGUUUUUUUUUUUUUUAAAAGAUAUCCACGCGCGUGUAUGAUGAAAUAAGUUUUCUGAUUUAGUGCUAACAACAACAACAACAACAACAAUAAUAAUAUCACUAAUGCACGACUGUGUGAGACUGCAGAAAUUUUGCGACAUUCUGAGUAAUGAAAUGCAGUGGAGAAAUGUUCCUGUGUUCUUCAGAGAUGCUCCAGGUCACCUGUGAAAGAAAAUAACCUAUCAGAAAUAAUAAUAAUAAGAGGAAUAAAUAAUAAUAAUAAUAAUAAGACGUCGCGAUGGAAGGUCGGGAAAAUCCGUGACACGUCGCGAUGCUGGAGGUUUGUUAAUGGCACUUUGUGCGUUGGAUGAGGAGCAACGACACCCCGAAAACACCCCACAUGGUUCUAAUCGCUGUAGAAGAUCUAUUACAUGGAGACUAGUUGGUCAUGCCGAGGAAGGAGUUACCGUUGCCAGAGGGUUGGGAAGAAGCCCGAGAUUUUGACGGGAAAGUCUACUACAUAGACCACAUCAACCAGACCACCAGCUGGAUCGACCCCAGGGACAGGCACACUAAGCCCCUGACCUUCGCCGAUUGUAUCGGAGAUGAGUUGCCUCUGGGAUGGGAGGAAGCGUACGAUCCGCAAGUCGGCGCCUAUUACGUCGACCAUAACACGAAGAGCACUCAGCUGGAGGACCCGCGGGUGCAGUGGCAGCGUGAGCAGGAGCUCAUGCUGCGCGAGUACCUCAACGUAGCCAAGGAAGCGCUGAGCGCCCAGAAAGAGAUUUACCAGGUCAAAGAAGAGCGCCUCCGUCUGGCACAGCAACAGUACAAGCAGCUCAACGAAGCCUGGAGGGACAAGUCUUCGUCACAGACCAGCUUAAAUUCCAGAUCCUCAUCAAGCAGUAAAUAUGACCCUGAAAUUCUCAAGGCGGAGAUCGUGACCGCUAAGAGUCGGGUGAGUAAGCUGAAGAGAGAUCUGGCCUGCAUGAGGCAGGAGCUGCUUUAUAAGGAGCAAGGCUUUGAAACGCUGAAAGAAAUCGACCACAAGCUGGCGAGCGCUUCGUACGGCUACAAGCAGCACGAGGCCCAAGCCAUCUUGAAGGAGGUCAGGACGAUUAAAGAUGCCAUCAGCUCCGGGGAAAGAGAAAAGCAGGAGCUCAUGCAGAAACUGGCUGUGCUGAAAGACGGCUUCCGUCUGGAUUACGGCUCUCAGAACGAGCUGUGGGCGAGCAACCCCUCUCUGGCCGACUCGAACCUUUCGCUCCCUCGCCUCUAUUCGGACGCAGAGUCCCAGACGGACAUACCCGCCGAGUUGGUUUCGAUCUCCAAUAAGCUGGCAGAGAAGGUACGACUGAGCUUGAAGUACGAAGAGGCGAAAAGGAGGAUCGCAAACAUUAAAGUCCAGAUCGCCAAGUUGGACAGCGAGUCGUGGCCCGGUUUGCUGGAUCCCGAGCGAGACCGGCUCAUCCUCAUCAGCGAGAAAGAGGAGCUGCUGAAGGAACUACAGUACGUCAAACCCUGCAAGCGCGCUCCCAGCGACGCCGAGAAGAUCGAAACGGAGAAAAAGCGUCUGGAGCAGGACCUGCAGGCGGCACGCGACAGCCAGAGCAAAGCUCUGACGGAAAGGUUGACGUUACAUUGCAAGAGGAACAAAUUGGUGAAGGAGCUGGAAGAUGUCGUGAGGCAGGCGUCCUCGCUGCACACCCAGCUGAAGAGCCUGUCGGCUAGCACGCUGUCCUGUUCGUCGGGCAGUAGCCGAGGGUCUCUGACGUCCAGCCGUGGCUCUCUGGCCGCCUCCAGCCUCGGCUCGCUGUCGUCCCUCAGCUUCACCGACGCCUACUUCGAGCACCAGAGCGAGCUGAGCGACCCGGAUUUCCAGGUCAAGUUGGACUCGCUGCUCCAAGAGAGCAUCUCGUCUACCUACAGGCCCUCCAGCUCCAUCCCCACCAUCCACGAGAACGAGGUGACGUCAGGGCCGGCCGCCGGCGCCGCAGGUCAGGGCGCAGGCUUACGCGCUCACGCUCUACGUCUGUCCGAGACGCCGCGCUCCAUGAGCUCGCUGUCUCCACGCUCGUCGCUCUCCUCGCUCUCUCCGCCCUGCUCGCCCCUCGUUCCCGAUGCCUCGUCGCUGGCCGGAGAGACCUUUUCAGGUUCGGCGUCCCAGCUUGAUCUGGAGCUGCAGGCCCGGCUCAGCGAGCUCAGCCUGCAGGGGGACGCCAAACAGGACGCCUCUAAAGAUCUCGAUUCCCAAACAAGGGUCCCAGGUUCCGGCUCAAAGAAAGCGGGCGUGACGUCGGCCGUGUCGGACGAAUCGGUGGCGGGAGACAGCGGCGUGUACGAGGCUUCAGAGAAAAGGCCCGGAGUCCCUGCCGAGCAGAUGUCGGGCGACGAAGACGGGGGAUUAGUCAGCUGCGCUCAGAUCAGACUGGGCUUGAAGUACGAGGCUAAAGAGAAGCGCUUUGCCAUCUUCGUCAUGCAGCUGACCAACUGCAGCACGCUGUCUGUUCCUGCCAGCCAGAACAUGUACGUCCGGGUGGUGGUGCUGCCCUGUCCGGAGGCCACCCGCUGCCUGUUCCGCACACGCAGCUCACGGGCCCACGACGCGCUGGAGAUCAACGAGGUGUUCGCCAUGCAGCUUUCCCCCUCCGCCUUCAGACAGAAGACGCUCCGCGUCGACGUCUGCUCCACCACCGAGUCCAGAAGAGAGGAGUGUCUGGCCGGUGCUCAGAUCAGUUUGGCUGACAUGGAGUGUUCGGAGGAAUGGUAUACCAAGUGGUACAACCUCCUCAACUACAUGCUCAUCCCAGACAUGAAUGGAAAGAACAAAGAGCUCAAGGCUCCCACGCAGUCCGACAAGACAAUAGACGGCUCCUCAGAAAUCCAAGCAGCUAACGUGAAGACGGCAGAGACAGACUGGCGAACGGAGCCUCUAGAGGGCGAUGUGUUUGUGGACGGUGUGGGCAGCGACGUGGAAGGGGAGGAGUUUAACUCGGAAGGCUGCCAGUGGGAAGUGGAGGACGAAGAAGAAGAAGAAGUGGAGGAGGAGAAGCAGCAAGCGGCGCCAACCAAGCCUCUUUCAAAAACAGCGGCGGCUAUUCCCGAAAAGGUGAAUAAAGAGACGAGCAUGGAGGGCCUCCCUCACGCCGCCGCCUCCGUGGUCCGGCCCAAAGAGCGACGGCUUGAGCUGAACCAGCAGAACCUUUUUGUCAGGGGUAACACCAUAAUCCGCUCCAAGACCUUUUCUCCUGGUCCACAGAGCCAGUACAUCUGCAGGAUCAACCGCAGCGACAGCGACAGCUCCACUCUGUCCAAGAAGUCUCCUUUCGUCCGGAACGCCUCCGAGAGGCGCAGUGUCCGUAUUAAAAAGCCUCCGACGCAGACGCACGGCUCAGACGGUGUGAUGCGCACUCCUAUGGACCUGGAACUGGAGCUUCAGGCGUCUCGGACGCGCCACAGCCGGCUGAACGAGGAGCUGCGGGUGCUGCGGCAGCUGAAGGAGCAGAUGGAGAGCGCGAGGCAGCAGGGCCAGCGCAGCCUUCCCGCAUGGGUUCAAGAGGACGAGCGCUUCCGAUUGCUGCUCACGCAGGCCGAGAAACAGACUCAGGAGGAACAGCUGCAGGAGCAGAGAGUGGAGAAGAUGAUGCGAGCGGCAGCUAAGGAGGUGCACAAGAUCCGAGGACAGAGCCGCAAAGAAGGUCCCGAAGUCCAAUCCUUCAGAGAGAAGAUGGCCUUCUUCACACGAGUAAAGAUAAACGUUCCUGACCUACCAGCUGACGACGUAUAGACCGCAAGCAAGAGUCUAAUCUGCUGUUUCACUGAAGAAGAACCUGACCUCUGGUGGUAUUAUGAAGAAUGAAGAAUUAUUACUGCAGAAAAUUAUUAAGUGUAUAUUCAGUAGGAAAAAUGUCCAUUUUAAUACACUGGGUUUUUAGCUCUCAGUUGAAAAUCUGUAGAUUAUUUCUCCUUUUUUUCUUUUCUUAAAUUGUACCAACAACCACAUUUUUUUUUUUUUUUUUUUUUGUAUCCGUAGCAAUAUAUUUUUUUCUUUUACUACUAAAAAUUGUAUAUUAGUAUCUGUAUUAGUUCCUUUUUAUUUUUUUUUGAUAGUCGAUCAUUCCAAAACACCAGAGUGUUGUUUUUUUUUUUUUUUUUUUUUUUUUUUUUAUAAAAAUAACACAACUAGAGGGAGAAAAAAACUCGUCGAGUCGGCUUGCUAUAACUCGAUUAUGUGAAUACAGAUCCUUGAGGUACUUUUAUGAUUGAUAGCACAAGGUUUUGGAAAUCACUGUUUAGAUGUAUGUUGGUUUGGGUAAAUUAGGUAAACAGAAACAACAACAACAACAACAAAAAAAAACGUAAAACCGAUACGCCAGUGAUGUCUCACUUCGAGACCGGGGCGUGUUUAGUCGCGCGCACGCGUUCAAUAAGGCGCGUUCUUUUUAAACAUUUAACACUAUUUACAAGAAAGGGAAAAAAUUAAAAAAACGAUCGAAAGUACAAACUAACGGUAGCCGAAAUCGGUUUUUAAUGCGUAGUUAGCUCAGUCAUAGCUAGCUGUAACUCAUGAUCAGCGUCACUACGUGCUGGUUCUGAGCGUGUGUUUGUUUGUUUGUUUUUAGAAGUAUAAAACUUUUUUUUUUUUUUUUGUCCACAAGGCACAGCACACAACGCAGCGUCCAUAAUCCCAGCAUUUAUAUUUAAUCUGCACUUAGUCGUCCCACAGCCUCUCAGGUAGAAUUUGGCUAGUUCAUGCACUUUAAUAGCUAGUAAUCAGAGAGUGAGGAACGCAAUCACGGCACGUUGUAACUAUCAAGCACAAAAAAAAAAACAAAAACGAAAAAGAAGGCGGCCUGAUGCGUGCUCUCUCUGACCUUGAAACGAGAACGGAGAGAGUCGUUUCCGAUUGACGUUUCGUAGUAGAAAAAUGCUUUCAUUUUUGAAGUCCCUGAAUUUCUUUCUUUUUCUUAAAAAAAAAAAUUAAUUUUUUUAUUAAAGGCCAGAUUGCUUCUAAGACACUCGUGUAAUCCCUCUUCAGCUUCUCCUCAUCCGAAGCUGUCGCUCGACUUUGGGAGCAGAUCACGUUUCUCCCCGCUUCAUUUCUGUGCUCUGUCGUGCAGAAGGCUGUGAUCUCACAGCUAGUGAAAUAUACCCUCACCGUCACCGGCCAAUCGUGUGGUAGCAGCGCGACGCAUCAAAUCGUGCAGCUUCAGUUAACGUUCAUGUCGAAUUUCAUGACGGGGGCCACAUCUGGUACCGACACCCAUGCCACGGUUAAACUCUCAGAGAUCAGAUUUUCCCCCAUUCUGAUGUUUGACGUGAAGAUUUUAUGAAUUGUGCUACUGCCACAUGUUUGAAGGAUCGGAUAACCGCAUAAGCGAGCAGGUGUACAGGUGUUCCUAUUAAAGUGGACAGUGAGUGUAGAUCAAUUUGAUUAUAUUCAAGAUAUGUUUGUUUUUUUUUUUUUUUUUUGCAGUGGAUCCUUAUAUUCUUGCGUUUUGAGUUUUUCCCCACACUACUAGACUAUGAAUGUUUUCCUCAACCUGCUGUCCUUCCAGCUCUUAAAGACCAAGGUGCUUGUUUAAAGCACUUCGAUCACAUCAUCUCCGUCUUAAGUGAGCACUUUUCGAGUACUUGCGCCGCAAUCCGCCGGACCCGGAACACGAUUUUUCACCCGAGUUCGGAUCUAAACGCGCCUUAGGCUCAGAGCGAGGUCGUAUUUGCGUGUCUAAUCUCUGAAUUCGCUUAACGGCUCAAUCGAGAUGUGUGAGAAACGAUUUCUCCGUGAUCGGAAACGUGGAAACGACCUGGCGUCUUCCGGCGGCGUCCAAAUCGACGGAACCGCGUCGCGAAUCUAAACGUCCGAAGUGUCUCCCAACACGUUUCCGCCACACAAAAGCCGCACGUCAAGUUAAAAACCAAAUUCUUUCACGUAGAAAACGACGCAAAGGGAAAUCGCCGUAUCGUCGCGACGUCAGCCGCGUUUAUGUCCGACGUGGAGAUGUUGCCCGAGUUUCGUUGCACUUUUCCGUAGGUCAGGGUUUUUUUUUUUUUGUUUUUUGUUUUCCUCGAAUUCCCAGUAUGACGGAUUGCACCAUUAGGAAAGUUUGUGAUGCCUGUGCUGCACUGUGACCUUUUUAGGAAGUGGGGAAAUUUAGUAAUCGCGAUCGCGUCAUU